UUCCAAAAGUGGAUUCAGACAGCGAAUCAGGAAGCCGGCCUCGCUGGCUCCUUUGCCUCGGUGUAUAAAUAGUGGACCUCAACCCACUGCUUUUCUCAAAGAAACGAAGAUCUCCACUUUUUGGGGGUUUCCCUCGUUCCAGCGAUCCAAAGCCGAGGGAUACCGAGCCUUCAUUAAUGGCGACUAAGGUUUACAUAGUGUAUUAUUCCAUGUAUGGACAUGUUGAGAAGCUAGCAGAAGAGAUCAAAAAGGGUGCCUCAACUGUCGAAGGAGUAGAAGCUAUAUUGUGGCAGGUUCCUGAGACACUCCCAGACGAGGUGCUUGGAAAGAUGGGUGCACCCCCUAAAAGUGAUGUUCCCAUUAUCACACCACACGAGCUUGCUGAGGCUGAUGGGGUUAUCUUUGGAUUCCCAACUAGAUUUGGUAUGAUGGCAGCACAAUUCAAAGCUUUUCUUGAUGCAACAGGAGGGCUCUGGAGAGCACAGCAGCUUGCAGGCAAGCCUGCAGGAAUCUUCUAUAGCACUGGAUCCCAAGGCGGUGGUCAAGAGACCACUCCUUUGACAGCCAUAACCCAACUUGUUCACCAUGGAAUGAUCUUUGUGCCAAUUGGGUACACCUUCGGUGCUGGAAUGUUUGAGAUGGGGCAGGUCAAAGGUGGCAGCCCAUAUGGAGCAGGCACAUAUGCCGGGGAUGGUUCAAGAUUCCCAUCUGAGCUUGAACUUGAGCAAGCUUUCCACCAGGGGAAAUACUUCGCAGGCAUUGCCAAGAAGUUCAAAAGUUCCUCGUGAUUUUUGCCUUUCUCGUUGGAUUAUCAUUCGGUUAUGGAAUAAUAUAGACGUUUUGUUGAUUAUUAUAACGUGUCGUUUGUUCUUUGGUGAACUGGCUUUUCUUCAUUAAUAAAAUAUCUGAUUGGCUUCAGAUGCUGCCUUUAGUUGAUAA